AGACAUGAAACUAACAUUGACACACUAACUGAAUAAAUAUCGGACGCAACACGUGAAUAAUACUUAAAUUGAACAAAAGCGCGAUGAAAGAAACUCGUAGGACAAUUGAAAAUUUUCUGUAAUACAGUUAACAAAAUAUCAUUAAGAAAAUUUUAACAAUCUUAUGAAAAGUCAUUGCCGUAUCUUGAGAAAAGUCGUAGCCCUCGGUUAACCACAGGAAAAGAUGAGAAUGCAAUCCAAUAUGAUUAUUCCAACUUGUUUACUUUUGUUACCGGUAGUUCUCGGAGUCCUUGAGAAAAAUGCAACGAAAUUUGUACCAACUCGAGAAUGGCAAACUGUAAAAAAAGGUACACCUGUACCUCCAGGAUUACAUGUUCGACACAAUUUUCAAACUGGAGUAACAGAAGCUAAAUUAAUGGACAAUAACGAUAUAGAAGAAGAAGAUUCGAACAAAAAUUUGAGCAGUAUGAAUACAAAUUCUUUAGUAUUGCAUCCUGAAAACACAAUCCUUGAAGAAAAAGAUCAUGUACCAACAGAAAAGACUGAUUUGUUUAAUUACUCGAUCAAAGAAUUGAAAGAUAGAUUGAAAAAAAUGAAACAAGAGGGUGAAGAUUUUCCAGAAAUAGAUAUCGAACACUCGAAAAAGAUAAGGCAAAAAUUUAGAGACUACGAAGCUUUGAAGAAAGAAUUUAAAUCGUUUGAAAUAAACAUUACUGUUAGCGAUUCGGACUUGUUAAGUAGCUACAUUAAAAAGUUUCAAACUUAUAAAAAAAGAGUCACUAUGGGAAUUUUAACAACUGCAGAAAUAGAAAGAAUUUUAGAUAUUUUGUAUAAUUUAGAAUACCUGCUUCAUCACAUUGAUAAUGCCAAAGCUUUUGCUGAUAUGGAAGGUAUGAAUAAAAUUAUAUCUCCGUGCCUCAAUGGAACGAACAACGAAAUAAAGAUCGAAGCUUUGAGACUUCUGGGUGCAGCUGUCCAAUCUAAUCCUAAAGUACAAUUAAAAGCACUGGAAAAUGAUCUUGUUCAAAAACUUUUACAUAUAUUGUCUACAAGUAGUAAAACAGACUUGAGGUCAAGAUGUCUCUUUGCUUUGGGUGCUCUGAUAAGGCAGUUUCCAAUAGCACAAAAAGUGUGGGUCGAUCACGGAGGAAUAGAAAUAUUUGGGCAAAUUUUAGUCGAUGGACAAUUACAAGUACAAAUGAAAGUUAUGAAAUUAAUCAAUGAUUUAAUUGUAGAGAGGCAGCAUAUAGAAUAUAUUACCGAUGUUACACAACAAGAACUAAGAGUAAAGGCAUAUUCCGCCGCUGAUAUCGAGAGAAAAUUAUUAAAAUAUUCAUAUUGCGAUCGCUUAAGCAAUCUAAUGAUAACAAGCUUCAAAAUUGAUCUUAGUGAUUUGUUGAGAACUAAUUAUGAAUUCCUUAAAACUAUUUCUGAUAGCAUGAUCACUGCUGCUCCCAUUUGUAUUGACAAGUGGAGAAUACAUAAAGACGAAUUUCUUCCUAUUAUACAGCACAUAUUGGAUUUACAUCAUGACUUGAAUGUACUAAUAGGCAUGCUUCAAACACUCGAAACUACCCACGAUGAGUUAUAGAGAGGAAGGGAAGAUAAAAUGUUCGUUAUGACUGAGUUCCAGUAUUUAUUUCAUGUUGUGUAGAUAUAAUUGUACAAAGUUUUCGUGUGUGAUGAAGAAAAUCGUUGGCAUAUUUUGAAUAUUGGCCGUGGAUAUUUCACAAGCAUUGUUAUCAAAUUAUUACAGGUUUUAAUGGAUGGAUGUACAAUGUAUCAUAAGAAAAGCGUGUGUGUAUAUAUGCAAAUUAGAAAAUUAUUCUGUACAUAUAUGUAAGAAAUCUGAGUUACCCAUCCAGUAAAUGUAAAUGAAAGUGUCAUGUCUUUUUAUGUUUUAAGAAAAUUAUUUAAUAAAUUAUUUUUUACUGUUCA